UCGUGUUUUCACUUCCAUUACCAUAACCACAUUACCCGCGUAUUUCUGACAAGCAAGCCUUGUCAGGAUACUCCAUUACUGUCGUGUUCCGUUCCCACCUAGUAUAUAUGUUCGAUCUAUCUGAGAUCACUGGAAAGUAGAAGUCCACAUUACUGCUUUCAGACAAAUAUGCUUUUCCAGCUUCUCCCUGUUGUUCUCGCAUGCUGCCCUAUUAGCGCAGACGCUAGCCCCAUCUCCCCCAUGUUUCAGCGACGACACCUACUCGAGAGUUCGCCCGUCGAAUCACAUAGUAGCCCGUCCGUAGAGGCCAUCAUUGGUAUAGCCGCCAUAGCAGUAGCCAUAUUAGGGAUAGCGUUUCCCCUCAUCUGGCCUAGCGUAAGAUCAUGGCGUAACCCAUGGCCCCGUCGCUCACGCUUCCAUCUCAGUUCCACCAGCUAUAAACAGAACAUGCUAUUUCUCCACCGUCCUCCCCAACGUGCGAUUCCAUCACCGUCGAUUACCAGUCUUGCGAGCGAUAGAGCAGACGCGGCUGCGAUACCCCGACCGCAACGCGCAAGAUUCGAUAGUUCUGAACAACAUCGCGAGUUGAUGAGACGCGCCCUGAUAUACUGAGGGCAUAAAUAUAUUGGAAAUGUAUGUUGGCAAACUCCGAUAUAGCACAAGGCAACUUGUGACGCAGGCAGGUAAUGUGCACCAGUUGCGCAGUAGGGAGCGUAUAUAUAAAAGAACAUGCGUUACGUAGUGGCACUAAUAACAAAAUAUUCGCGAAAGGAACAGCUGGAUCGUUGCAUUAACCAGGACAUCAAGACAAAGGCGUGAGAUGAAGCGAUCACAUAGAG